AUGGCUUUAUCAACUGCGUCACGGAUCACGGACAUUGACACAUUACAGCGGAGUGUGGAGAGGGAUGGAAAAACUGUGAAUGAACAAGGAAAGGACAAUGACAACGAGAAUACGAGCGGACAAAAUGGAAAAACAGGAGUAGGGGAACAAAAAGAGGUGAGAGAGGAGCUGGAGAGGGUGGUGGAAGAGGAGAAAUAUAAAAGAGAGCUUACUGUGGUGGUGGCGGUGGAAAGCGGAAAAGCAGUGGGACACUAUGCCCGGGACUGUGUGGCUCGGGAAGAGGGGGCGAGUGGAGCCAGGGGGAGAAGAAGUGCCCAGGCGGAAAAAACAGCUGAGAAUGAAAUUGAGGAAGAGGAGGGUGGAAGUCAGGAAGAGAGUGAAGAAGAGGGCAGAAGUGAUGAGGCUGGGAGCAGUUUAAACAAAGAAGCUGUGGCUGCUGUUGCGGCUAUAUUUGUUGCUGCUGCUGCAAAGAGAGCCGCUGAUACGGCUGCCGCUGACGAUGGAGGAGACGGAGGGAGGAAGAAGGGGAAAGCAGACUACGGAGGUGCGUGUAGUAGUGGAGCCAAUGCUGCUGCUGUUCCAGCUGCUGAUGUUCCUGCUGCUAUGGAUGCUGGAAAGGCUGCGAGGAGUGGUGAGGGUUUGGUGGAUACUGAGGCGGAUGCUGAUGUGGAUGUUGAUCCGGGUGCGGAUGCUGAUGCGGAUGCUGAUGCGGAUGUGGAAGCUAAACCUGAUGCUGGAGGAGGAGCUGUUGGUGAGAGGAAAGGAGGAGAGGGAGCAGGAGAUGGAGGAGGUGAUGGUGGAGACGGGGGACAGACUGCUGAGGAAAUGGAGGUCAGUUCGGUCGUGUCUGACAUGGAGGAGGGAGGAGACUACGAGGAGAACGAGUCUGAUGGAGAAGAGGUGGAGAUGAUGGGACCUCUGGGGGGGAAGAUCUUCGGAGAGACAAACGCUGUGAUAAAGAGCAGAGGAAUAAGGAGAGAAUCCAGCAGGCUAAAUGCAAAGAGGAAAGUAGAGAAGGAUAAGGAGGUGGAGAAAAGACGGGUGAAAACGUCAGGAGGAGCUACAAAGUGUCUGGAAAAAAAAUGA